AUUAAAAUGUAACCAAAUAAAUUGUUUAGAGGAGUUCUGCUUUAUGUCAUUCAUUAAAUUCACUGCUAUUGCUAUUUAUAAACUUAAGUUGGCAAACGACCAAAAUUUGAUGAGUCAACUUUGGUGUUUCAAGGAGGGACUUGGGUUUAUCUUCUGCCUGACAGCAGUAUAAAAAGUCAAACCCUCUUACUGUCAGUUCACAGGAGUUUGCUGCAAAGUCAUCCUUCCACAAUGAGCCUCACUGCCAAAGACAAAGCUGCCGUCAAAGACCUCUGGGCCAAGAUCUCAGGAAAGUCUGAUGACAUUGGUCACGACGCUCUUUCUAGGAUGCUGGUGGUUUAUCCCCAGACCAAAAGUUACUUUUCUCACUGGAAGGACCUGAGCCCCGGUUCAGCCCCUGUGAGGAAUCACGGAAAGGUUGUGAUGUCUGGCGUUGCCCAGGCUGUCGAGAAAAUCGAUGACCUGACUGCCGGACUCCUGAGCCUCAGUGAGCUUCAUGCUUUCCGGCUUCGUGUUGAUCCUGCCAACUUCAAGAUUUUGUCCCACAACAUUCUCGUGGUUUUGGCUCUCUUGUUCCCCACUGAAUUCACCCCUGAUGCUCAUGUGGCUAUGGACAAGUUCCUCUCUGCUGUGGCUCUGGCUCUGUCAGAAAAGUACCGAUAAGCACUUGAUAGUGUGUUCACUUCAGCCAUGUCAGACGAAUGCUAGCAUGAAUUUUCUGUCUUUCUGU